AUGGUCGGACGGGCCAGCCAGGAGCGCGACCGAGAUGAGAACUCUCGCGACAAAAGUAGGAAGACGAACCGUUCAGCACCCCCACCGGUCGAUACUGCUGGCGGUAAUGUCGCGAGUGGAAGUGGAGGGGGUGGUAAUGGAAACAAAAGCGGGGAGAGUAAGUUUGACGUGGUGACGAGGACGCUGCUGGCUCCGUUUCAACAUAGGAAGUCGGAUUCGUCGAGGAUUUUGUCGGAUCUCGCCCCUGUCAUCAUGACCCCGAAAAUGAUCUCCCGAACAGCUAAUGCCUCAGCCAACCGAGCCACCAUUUCCCCCUCUUCUGGCCAAUCUACCUAUGCCGCCGCUGCCAACUCAUCAACCCUCUCAGCUCACUCUUUUGCGACUCUAGGCCGUGCUCCCCUUCGUCUAGGUCUUGGAAGCCGACGCAUCACCUCGCGGGACCUUGAGAUCGUAGAGGCGGCAGGCGAACUACUCUCCGCUCCUAUACCGGACUCUCCAAUAGGCAAUGAGCCGGACGAAUUUGGUGUCGGGGGCGGUGGUGGAAGCGGAAGUGGAGGUGGGAGUGUGAGUCUGUUGAGAGGUUUUGAGGCGACGAUUCCGAGUGCGGACAAGGGAAGGGCGAGGAGGAGGGGGAUGAGGAGUGUAGAGGCGCCGAGGAUGGGCUUGAAGAGGCUGGGUGCUGGAGCGAGGGGGUUGAUAGCUUCGGAUGGGGAGAGUGAAGAGGCGGAGGAAGAUGAUCAGUUGGUUUUGGUGGGGCCGGGGAGGGAACGGGGAAGGAAAGGGAGGAAGAAGAGAGGAAGGGAGAGUCUGAGUGCUAAUAAGGUGUUUGGGAGGGAGGAGUUGGAGAGGCAGACAGGGGAGAUCAAGAGAGAUAAGGAGAAUAUGCAUGUGCGAAGGAGCCUCAUUCAAAGCGAAAUCACGGAAAUCACACAUAAAAUCGAGGCGUUAGAUGCCAUUCGACAGAAGCUCGAGGAUGACUUGCUGAAACUCCAGGAGGAAGAACUGGAGCUGGAUGACGAACUUGAAAUGGUGAAGGAACGCAUGGAACUGGAAGAGCCCAAUGCCCGUGCACUUUCUACGUCUCGAAUCCAGAGUUCAAGAAGGCGGAAAGGACCUGCAUUCCUGCCAUCAGAACAUGACGAGCUCCCGCCAGGCGUUGCAUUCAUGACCCUCGACUGUGGCACAACACCAAUCACUGGUCUGGACUUCUCAGAACCGUACGGCACCCUUGUCACCGCCUCGCAAGACUCAUCACAGCCUAUCGUAUGGGAUUUGCUCUCGGGCGAGGAGAUUGGAAGACUCAGAGGACAUACGGACACCGUGAAAUGCGUUCAGGUGGAAGACCAUAUAUGCCUCACUGGCUCAGAAGACGGCAAUAUUCGGUUAUGGGACCUGCGCAGAGUCGACGCUGAAGAUGAAUGGGAACAUGGAAUGGUCCAUCUCAGCGACGUCAUCGAGGAGCCUGAAGAGAGUGCUAGCGACGCUGGGGUUGUGGUGAAUGGUGGAGGAACAGAAAGCGGAGGUAGCAUCAGAGACGGUGCGGAACACAAAGACGAUGAUCAUGACGCCUCUAGUGCUUGUGCUAGAGUCCUGGGCGGACACAGCCGUGCCGUGUCGACCAUCUACUUUGAGGACAAUACCCUCGUCUCCGGCGCAUCCGACAAGACUCUCCGGCAAUGGGAUCUCACCACUGGACAAUGCGUCAUGACUAUGGACAUACUCUGGGCCAUCUCCCAUCCGCCUCCUUCAUUACCGGCUGCAACUGCCUCGAUGUCAUCAUCCAUGUUCGCACCUGGUGGGUUGGCUUCGCCCGGCGGAUUGUCAUUUGGAGGAGCGGCAGCAGCGGCUUCCGGGUCGUUUGCUGUACCAACGCCACCAUAUGCGGAUGGAAGUUGGGAAAUGUAUCAGGAUUUUGUCGGUGCGGUGCAGUUUUGGGGAUAUGCGCUUGUUAGUGGUAGUGGCGACGGGGCUGUCAGGAUGUGGGACAUGCGCACGGGGCAAGCACAUAGGACAUUAUUGGGACACACAGCUCCGGUCACUUCCUUGCAGUUUGACGAGAUUCACGUCGUCAGUGGUAGUUUAGACAAGUCCAUCCGGAUCUGGGACCUUCGUACAGGCGGCAUCUUUGAGACGAUCAAGUACGACCACGGCGUCACUGGUCUCCAGUUCGACAGCAGAAAGAUCGUGGCGGCUGCAGGCGAGAACGGCGUCAAGGUCUAUAACAGGACGUCGAUGCAGCACUCGACAUUGCUGACGAACGGGCACACGAGACCGAUCGAGAGGCUGAGAUACAUGGACCGCUAUCUCGUGUCGGGCGGCCGGGACUCGAUGGUGAAAAUCUGGGCGUUGUAG